AUGGAUCAACAACAUCAACAACACGCGUCUGAUAUGCAAUCAGAAACAAAUAUCCAACAACCAAUAGAAAACCAGAUCAUUGAGUACUUAAGAACGUUAGAAGAUAAUCAUGAUACUCAUGAUCAGCAAUGGAUCAAAUCACUUCUUGAAGAUAGCUACAACAACUCCUCCUCAGAAUUCACAGAACUUGGGACAAUAAUAAAUAUCACAGUCUUAGACACA